ACGUCAGUAGGAAGAGUGAGUUCUAAAACAAUGUUUGUUAUGUUUUUUAUUUUCAUUAAAAUUAGGUUAUAAAGUUGAUAAUGGUUGUGAUAGUUUUCGGAAAAAAUAUUCGUGAAUUUUUCAUAUAUCUUCCCAUCUUCCGUGAGUAUAUUUGAGAUCUAAUGAAUAUUGUGUUGUUUGAUGUGGUAGGUCGGCCAUCGAACUGUGAACAUCAUCAAUCCCUACGACUUCGUUGUGCUGUUAGAUCGUGACUCUUGGAAAUCCCAAGUUUUAGUGAGUGACUAGGAUAACAUAUUUCAGUUUUAAGAAGUAAUCGUUUUGUUAGACUUUCGUGCCAGUGAUAUUCAGUAUUUUCUGAGCAUAGUGUUUUGCUGUAUCUAUGGGAUGUUUGAAAAGUUUUGAAUAUUUUAUUCAACUAUCGUAAUCAAAUGUACCGGAAUAUAUUAAAGUUGAGUGGCGCCACCUGUAAAGCUUUUCUCGGGUCCCGUUCCCGUGUCUUCGAGUGUCAAUGGCUACCAGAGAUAAAUGGUAUUUUACAAAGGAGGAAUUGGAAAACACCCCAUCUAGGAGAUGCGGAUAUGAUGCUCAAAAAGAACUGUCUUAUAGGCAGCAAGCAGCUAAUUUUAUUCAAGAUAUGGGGCAAAGGCUCAAAGUUACACAAUUAUGUAUAAACACAGCCAUAGUGUAUAUGCAUAGAUUCUAUGUGUUCCACUCGUUCUCCAACUUUCUGUGGCACCAUAUGGCCGCUGCCGCUUUGUUUCUUGCAGCAAAAGUAGAGGAGCAGCCGAGAAAAUUGGAAUACGUAAUUAGGAUAGCAAAUGCUUGUAGGAAUUCCAAAGAUACAGUUUUGGAUGUUACAUCAGAAAAGUACCUGGCCCAAUCUCAAGACUUAGUUUUUAAUGAAAAUGUACUUCUCCAAACAUUAGGUUUUGAUGUUGCUAUUGAUCACCCUCAUACUCAUGUCGUACGAUGCUGUCAGCUUGUUAGAGCAAGUAAAGAUUUGGCGCAAACUUCAUAUUUUAUGGCUAGUAAUAGCUUGCACCUCACCACAAUGUGCCUACAAUACAAGCCCACAGUAGUUGCCUGUUUCUGCAUCCACCUAGCCAGUAAGUGGUCCAGUUGGGAGAUACCUCUAUCAUCAGAACAGAAGGAAUGGUUUUCUUAUGUGGACACUACUGUCACAGCGGAUUUGCUUCAACAGCUGACAGAGGAGUUUCUUGUUAUCUUCGAGUCUAGUCCAUCGAGGCUCAAAGAAAAAAUAAUAGCUAGUGAAAAUCAGUCAAGCACCCCAGAGAAUCAUGCCAACUUCACGAUGGAAGACCUGAAGAAGGGAGAAGCCAAAGAUCCGCAUGGACAUAGAUCACAUGAUACUAAGAAUGAUGAUCCACAUAAAAGCAGAUCUUCCAGACCGCAUGAUCCUAAUAGCCUUAGAGAAAAAGAAUAUAGAGAGAGAAAAGAAAGAGAAAGACUGGCAGCGCAACAGCACGGAUCAAAAAUAUCAUCUAGUAGUAGUCAAAAAUUGCCGCCCCACGGGCACCACCAUAGGCAUCCAAUUGACCCUAACAAGUGUAAACCGACGUCGCAAUCACAAUCUAGACCGCCGAGUUCGAAUGCUGCGUCGGUACCUACCAGCAGUAGAUCCGAAUCACGUGAUGGCCAUCGAGAAGGUGCACGCGAUUCCUCGUACGGUUUAACCCAUAGCAGAGACUCCCAUCACGGGAAAGAAUUAGUGAGAGAUCCGCAGCAAGUGCGUGGUGAAAAAGAAAAACGUGAUUAUUUAUUGAAACACAACGCUAAUGACACUAACAAUCUGAGUAAUAAGUAUUUAGCCGGGUAUGUGCCGGAAAAACAUCGAUCAUCUUCAUCUUUUAACGUUGAUUCUCAUGUGACUGAUAAACAUCGAUCGUCAAGUGUUGAUUCUGCUGCGUCGGACAAACAUCGGUCAUCAUCCGCACAUGUAGAUCCUAAUGUGCCAGAAAAGCAUCGUUCGUCAUCCUCUCAUGGCGAUCUCAAUGUAUCAAAUAAGCAUCGUUCAUCUUCCCAUGGUGAUCCAAAUGUGACAGAUAGGCAUAGAUCAUCCAGUGUUGAUCCCAAUAGAUCAGCACACUCAGUAGAUCCUAAUAAAGUUCCUUCAAAUAAACACGAUCAAGUGCGCAAAUCACGCGAGGAGGUAAAGCCCGUUUCCAAAAACGACCCAGACAAUAUGAAAAAACAUUUAAAUUCCAGUGCUUAUUAUGCUAAAUCCACUCAUUCUACCUCACAGAAAGUUAACUCAGAUCCAAAUAAAUCUUCUUCCGUCCUCAAACAGUCUAUGAGUUCAAGUUCUCAUAUGAAACCUGAGCAUAAGCCACAUCACCACAAUGGAAAUAAUAGCAAUUCAUUCGAUCCAAUUUAUCCCAACUCUAAUCUUACAAUUGAGACUGAUAAAGUGAAACAAGAGAUAAAAAUGGAAAUGAAUGAGAAGAUUCCGACGCCACAAGUUCUCAAGCGACCAAGUUUGUUUUCACCCACUGACACACCACCAAAAGAAAAUUCGACUUCUUUGAAAACGAAUUCGACAAUCUCAAUAGAUGAUUCACAGUCUCCUUCGACAGCUCCCAUUUCCUUCAUGCCUUUGGGUGAAAGUUCCAUGGGUAGUAUACAAAGGAAUGCUGAACCGGAACUCAGACCUGUAAUGAAAAAAAUCGAUGAAAUUGAGGGUUAUGAGAAUAUUUUGACAUCAUCUUCUAUAGGUGUAGUUGGCAGCAAACAUCUUGAUACUCCAGGCUUACUAUCACCUAUUAUAGAUAGGCCUUUACCACCAGCAAUAAAGGAGGAAAAACAUACUCCUACCACAACUUUGGCUAAUGGUAUAGAGACUAAUCCUGAGGUAAUAAGCAGUCUAUUGAAAGAAACACCAUCAAUACCGAAAUUAUCACAACCUCUUGAAGCUCUAAGUAAAGAUACUUCAAUACAAAAUGUGGAUCAAGAUAAAAAAGAGAAAGAACAUCAUCAUAAGAGUAAAAAGAAGAACAAAGAAAAACAUAAGCAUAAAGAUAAGGAUAAAGACAAGGAUAAGGAGAAGAAGAAGAAACAUAAAGAGAAAGAUCGUGAAAAACAUAAACACAAGGAAAAGCAGAAUGAGAAGAGUGACACACCGAUGAAUGAUUCUAAUGGUCCCCCAGAACCUAAAGUGGUCCUCAAACUACCUAAAUCGAAAAUACAGAACACUUUGGCUGCCCCAGAAGCAUCAGCAACUAGCCCUCCGAGUUUGAAAAUCAGAAUCCCCAAAGAUGUAAUUAAGACUGAAAACACAGGAGAAUUGCCACAACCAGUUGUUCAGCCGAACGCUGUUGGUGGAUUCAAAAUCAAGAUUCCUAAAGAUAUCAUUAAUAAUUGCAGUAGUAGCAGUGGUGGUGAUUCUUCUAGUAGGAAACGUGAGAGGGAAAGAAAUUCAACUGAAGGUCCGCCUGCCAAAGUGUCUAAAAGUGGGGUCAAAGAGAAGCAAAAUGGUAGGCACUCAUAUAAUAAGGUGAGUCAAUUUCAAAACCCGAUUUUCGACACAAGAAUCCCGGAGAACAGAAACGUCAGACCGAUGCAUCCUCUAAAUGUGCAUCCUCCAAUGAAUUUUUCAAUGCAUCGCUUUCCUCCAACUCAUGGCAUGCAUCCAAUGUACCCAAAUCCUUCAGAAUUUUCUCAUUUUCCUGUCAUGAAUCCUCACAUGAUGCAAGUUCCUUUGCCUAACAUGAAUGUUCCGCCUCCCAAUAUGUAUGGAUACCCACCUCCCUAUUUUCAACCUUACAUGUGCCCCCCUGAAAUGUUUAAACAAGAAUAUGGCAAUCCCCCUCUUCCUUCUGAAGCGCCCCCUGCUUCAGAACAACCUCCCCCACCACCGCCACCUGAAUAGCGUGCCAUUUGUGCCUAGAUUCUAUCAAACACAAGUUUCCUUUUCAAUUUUAGUACCAUUAUAGUCAGAAAUGGUACACUGGAGAAUAUUUAUGGAUAUAUUCUAGUUGUUUUUAUUCACAUUUUUAAUGAUUAUUUUAUUUAUUGUUAACAAUUUGAAAAUUAUAUAUAAACAUAUAUAUCAAGUAUAUUUUCUUAAUAAAAUUCAGAAUAAGCAAAACAUAAAAAUGACAAGAUUGCUCUUUAGUUUUAAAAACAUAACUAACAAGAAAUAGGACUAGUCAGCCAGAAUAAUAGUAAAUGUAAUAAAUCCCUAGCAGGACUAGGUUAUGCCAAAAAGCAUUUUGCUAAAAUAUAUCGUGAGACUAAUUUAUUUUCAACAUUUUCUCUUUCUGUGAAUUAUUUUGUAUUUUCAUUUACAAAAAUCUGACAAUCCAUUUUUGGUGUUUUGUAUUUCAAGUAACUUUACUCAGAAGAAUAAGAGAGUUUAAUAAUUUUUCCUCUGAUAAUUCAGUUUAAUCUACAGGAUGUCCCAACGGGAGUGACCAUUGAAAGUUUUCAGAGAAAUGUUUUUCAGAUCUGUUUGAAAUUUUGUACAAAGACAUACUACCUUUAUGAAAUAUUAGCAAGAAUUUAUGGCUUCCACUCACACCGGAAAUGAAAAUAUACUCGCUUAUUUCAAAUGGAACACCUGCUUUUAUAUCUUUAUAUUUUCGAAUGUAUAUUCAAAUUUCACUUUCAUUUCAAGUAGCUAUGUAAGUAGUCUUCAAGUUAUUCACUGUUUUUUGAAAAAGAUAAUAAGUUGAUUUUUUCUAUAUUUUUUUUUCUCUGAAACAAAAUGUGGGGUUGAAACAUAGUGUUGCCUUUUUCUAAAAUACAACUUUGACAGUAUUUUAAAAAGGAAAGUCUUUCUACAAAAUUUCAAAGUUCUAGCAUAUAUUUCUAAACACAUGAACUUCUAAUGGCACUCCCGGUUUGGCACCCUGCGUAUACCUCAAUUUCGAUCAUUCUAUGAGAAAAUAGAUUUUCUGCAGUGCAGUUAGGUCAUCCAAUCCAAUUGAAAUAAUCCUGAUAGAAACAGUAGUUGUAGUACAGAACAAUAUAUUAGAAAUGUAGUACUUCAAUGCAUGAUUAAUAAAUUGAUAAGUCCAAGUAGCAGACAAGGCAUCUGUUUUUUCGAUUUUCUGCAUGUUGAACAGUUCAAUAUGUCUGUGUUUCAUAAAAAAAAUUCUUAUUGAUCUGUUUUUGAUAGAAAUCAUUCAAAUCACAUUUAGAAAUAAUUUACAGAAGUGUUAUCCCUUUUUCUUCAAAGGAAAAUUAUUUGAGAUUUCCCAAAUGAAAUAUUUCCAUUGCUCCAGAAGAAGACUCAUUUUUUAAUUUGCGUGACUUAAUUUUUUUAAAGAUUGAAUCCGUUUUCUAUCUUGUACUACUCUAAUGUUUUUUUUUGUCAUAACCUAGACCAAAUAAUGUCAAUAUGAUAUAUACAAAUAUUUAUAUUUAUGUCUCCCUUUGAUUCAAACCAAUUUUAAUUCAUGAGAAAGUCAAUAGUAUUUUAUAAAAAAAAUCAUUUAUUCACUACUUUUUGUGAUAAUUUUGCAACUGCCUUAACACACCUCGGUUCAUUUUGCUGUUGUCUUACUCUCCUUUCACAUUUCAGAAAUCUGAAUAUUUUUGCAUGUAUUUCUUUUUAUGCUUUCUCUUUGAUUAUUCUUCUGAGCAUGUUCUUAUCUUUAUGUUUUGUUUGAAGAUUUUUAAGGUUCAAGUUUACUAUGUUUUUGAAGAUAUUGUUCAAAAUUUGGAUAUGUAAUAAAAACUUGAUCUUAUUCAAUAUUUCACUUACUUAAAAUCCUCUCCUUACCUUAAUUUUUUGGUCUCCUCAGAAUUGUGAAAUUCAAAACUUUAUGACAAAUGCGAACUGAAUGUUCGUUAAGUUUUCAAUUUGGAACUUAUGAAAGUUACUUCUAUCAGUAAUGCACAUAUUAUAUGGCUAUUUGAAUAGAAUGAACUGAUUUCCCCAUCAAACCCUUUUGUUCCCUGUGAGAGAUUAGAAAUUUUGUAUUUGACAUUGGCACAGCUGAGAAUAAUGGCUAAUAUGCUGAAAUGAGAAAGAAUAAAGUGCAUUAUCUCUGAUUGCUAUAUGUCAGUAUCCAUAAAAUUGAAAUGAUUUCAUCAGGGAAAUAUUACAAGUUCAUUUACUAUGAAAUCAUUUCGUUCUUUUAGUGAAUAACUAUUAUAUGGUUUAUAUAAAUUGAAGCUCAAUUCAGUUCACAAAUAUCGGAGUAUAUGAGUGUAAAUUCCUGAUUACGUACUUAAGUAUUGAAGUGAAGAACAAUACAAGAAGUUCAUCUAGGUGACAGCGAUUUAUUGCAGAACAGGUUGGCUGAAUCUAAGUAUACCAAGACCUCGUCCUCCUAGUUUCCAACAAAUUUAAAUGAACCUUACAGCAUUUAACAAUUUUUAAUGAAGUAACUGGACCUUUUUGGAGGCGUACAAGUGUUAAUAAUAGUAAUAUCUAACUAGACAUUAUUCCUUCUGAUAAGCUUUUUGUAAUUGCGCAAAAAAGGUUCGCGGAAACUAAAAGCUCUGAAUCUCGGAAUUUCAAGUGGCAUCAGAAUACAUUGAUUUGUUAAACUGAGGUACUUGUUGUCGAAUUCGUAAAACUCAGGAUUAAAAAUGAGAUGAUCAUUAAAAUUUAUAUCAUGCUCCAGGGAACCUAAUGACUAUUUCAUUAGUGACUAUUUUAACGACCUUAAAACCUAAUUUUAGUUCAUAAUGCUCAUUACAAAGAGAUGCUUAACCCCCUUAUCUUAAGGAAAAAUGACUAGUUUUUUUGAACAAAUCAUUUCAAUUUCAUUUCAUCAAUGAAGGCUGUUUUUAGAUAUUCAUAAGUUGUAUUAUUUUGUAGUUUGAUGUAGGAAAUUGUUGAAAUGGCAGGAAUAUGAAAAAAUUUGAUUGAAGGAACUUGUCAUGAUGAAUUGACUUAUUUUUCAUGAAGCAAUAAUUUUUUGUUUAUAUCUCUUGGAAAAUUCUUAUUUUUGAUUUCCCCAUGAAAAGAUAAUUCAUGGCACAAAUAAGGAAGGAUUUUUGCGAAAAUUGUUUUAAAAAAAAAGAAGAAAAAUGAUAGUUGCAUAAAAAUUAAAAUAAUAAUUUCAAUACUGGUAUGCAAAGAGGGAAAACCACCUGGUCCAUUUACGAUAGUUUGAUUUUAGUUUCAUUAGGAAAAAAUUUAUUGAGGACAUUUUUUCUAGGUAUUUUAGAUUAUGCCAAUUUGAUUUCAUCCUAAAGCUUUGUUUCAAAUUAUCAUGCAAAUAUAUUUGUCACCUAAAAACAUCUUGAAUCAUUUGUCUUUUGUGGAUGUAAGGCUUUUUGGAUUGGUUGCUUUUUUAUGUGAAGAAUAAAUUUUGAAUGUCCAAUUUUGGUGACCCCUUCUGCAUACUUCGCCGAAUUGAUAUAAAUAUGUAACUACGAAUUUAUACACUACUCCUAUAUUUUCCUUAAGGAAACUAUAAAAAAUGUAUAUAUACAAAAUAUCUAAAAAAUUUAAUUAUUGUGAUUAUGUCUUACUUAUUUUAGGUAGGUAGUUUAGAUAUGAAAUUCUUAAAUAAUACCAAAAUAUCCAAAUAGUGCAGCAAAUUUAACUGCAAUCUCAAAAUCUCUCAUCUUAUUAAAAAGACUUUGAAUAACUGUAUCACAUAUGUAUGGUUUUUAUGUACUUGACUAGUAGUCAUUUUGAAUAAUUCUGAUUCAUAUUGCAAUUCAUCAAUUGUGGAGUUUAAAACUUUUGAACUCAUAAAUUCGUGAGAAAAAUUAUCCAUAUAUCUUCCUUUAUGAUGAAUUAGUUGAAGAUGCAAAUAAUUUUAUUUUUAUGAUUGUUCAUCCUUAGAAAAUAUACAAAAAUAUAUUGGUUUUUUAUUUCAUGAAAGUUUCAUUGGGCUCAAAGAUGCCCGUUAUUUAAAGGUGAAAUGAGUGGUUAAAAGUUCAAAAGAAUAUUUCAAAAGGUAGGGGUUGAAAAUUAGGAAUUUAAUUUUGUUUUGUAUAAAGUAAAUGUUCAUUUGAAAUGACUAAUUUUUGCAAAUUUCAUUUCUCACGUUUACUGCCAAUAGAUUUAAAUACUACAGAUGACGAUGUUGAAAUCUCUAGUUUGUAAAUAAAAAUAUUUUUUACUUGUUAUCUAUUUUGUUGUAAUAUCAAAUAUAUUUAUAAGAAAACA